AUGUCGAUCGUACGCCCCAAGGUUGUGGAUGGCAAGUGGCACUUUUUCGACGGCGCGUUGCAGACCUACUUUGUGCGCGAGGACGCCGACUCGUUCACCUCGGGCCAGAUCUUUCGUGCCAACGAUCCGCACUCGGGCGUGGGUCGUUCGAGCACCGCCACGCCUCCCUACCACAUCCACCUCUUCCAGACCGAAACGUUCGACGUCAAGGACGGCACGCUGUGCUACCUGAUCGAUGGCAAGCAGGGCAAGCUUCAAGCGGGCCAGAAGGUCAACAUCCCACCCUACAGGCCACACACCUUCUGGUCCGAUCCCGAGAGCGGCAAGGAUCUGCAUGUGCACAUCACCGUGAGGGGAGGUCCCAACCCGGGCUUCGACGAGGACUUUGUGCACAACUUCUACGGAUACCUCAGCGCAAGGACCAUGGCCGGCAAGGCUCCCAAUCCGUUCCAGAUGCUCAGGUUCUUGGACGAUGCAGACGUCAUCCUCGUGCCGCCUGUGCCGUUCGCCGGGUUGUGGAGGGCGUUUGGUCUGCUCUGGCCACUCGGACGAUCGAUCAACCUGCUGUUUGGACGCAUCAUCGGAGGCUGGAUCCUCGGCUACCCGACGCGAUACAAGGAGUUUGACGACAAGUAG